GUGCGCGCUCGACGUCGACCAUCUGCCGCCCGCUUUUCACGACUGCCGCAACUAACCACACAGGACUCAACAGAAGUCUCGUGCAGUUCGACCACCAUGCAGUCCACCACCGCUCCUGCCCAGGCCAUGAGCGGCGUCAACAUCAGCAAGCGCCGCAAGUUCGUAGCAGAUGGAGUCUUCUACGCUGAGCUCAACGAAUUCUUUCAACGCGAAUUAGCUGAGGAGGGAUACUCUGGUGUCGAGGUCCGCGUCACUCCUACUGUGACCGACAUCAUCAUCCGCGCAACACACACCCAGGAGGUUCUUGGAGAGCAGGGUCGCAGAAUCCGUGAGCUCACCAGCCUGAUCACCCACCGCUUCCGCUUCCCACCCGACAGCGUCUCGCUCUACGCCGCCAAGGUCCAGUCCCGUGGUCUCUCUGCUGUUGCUCAGUGCGAGUCGCUCCGCUACAAGCUUCUCAACGGACUGGCUGUCCGACGUGCAUGCUAUGGUGUCCUCCGAUUCAUCAUGGAGUCUGGUGCCAAGGGUUGCGAGGUCGUCGUCUCUGGUAAGCUGCGUGCAGCUCGUGCCAAGUCCAUGAAGUUCACCGAUGGCUUCAUGAUCCACUCUGGUCAGCCAGCCAAGGACUUCAUCGACUCUGCCACACGUCACGUCCUCCUCCGACAAGGUGUGCUCGGUAUCAAGGUCAAGAUCAUGCGCGCUUCUUCAUCGCCCAACGACCCAUCUGGCGAGAAGGCCGGCGGCAAGGGUCUGCCAGAUUCCGUCACCAUCAUCGAGCCAAAGGAGGAGCAGCCUAUCCUUGCACCUUCGUCGCAAGACUACGGCGCGAAGGCUGCUCAGGCCCAGGCGUACGCCCAGCAGCAGCAAGCGGAGCAGGAAGGCGCUCCUGCAGAAGACGGUGCUGCUCAGCAAGGCGAGUAUUAGGGAUAAUCGCGAGCAUCGAGCGUUGUGCAUGAAAGUAUCGGACGGAAAUAGGCGUUGUCAUGGGACGGCUGAAUUCAGGGCCGUUUGCGCCACAGCUUCGACGACUUCAAUGCAAUGAAUGACAUUGUAUGAUCUGAUCACUUCAAUUUUGAAUGCCUCGCAUCUCGUGAAAUCGUGUUAUCUUCGUGUCACCUUAAGGACGCGUGGAGCCUGCGCUGCUUGUGC